AUGAGUGGGUGCCCAUUUUGGGGGAACAAAUAUCAAUUUAAUUUUAAUAAACUGUCUUUGGAGGAUGAGGAAGGAGAAGACAAGUCACAAGAAGGGCUGAAUAAAGCCAGCAAAGGUGGACUUAUCUAUGGCGACUAUCUACAUCUGGACAAAAUAUUGAAUGCUCAACAGCUGCAGAGUGAAAAAAAAGGAAACAAGAUCCAUGAUGAGCAUCUUUUCAUUGUGACCCAUCAAGCUUAUGAACUUUGGUUUAAGCAGAUUCUGUGGGAACUGGACUCAGUUCGGGUGAUCUUUCAGAAUGGCCGUGUGAGAGAUGAGAGAAACAUGCUCAAGGUUGUUGCUCGAAUGCACAGAAUUUCAAUGAUCCUUAAAUUACUUGUGGAGCAAUUUUCAAUUCUAGAAACUAUGACUGCAUUGGACUUCUUUGAUUUCAGAGAUUACUUGAGCCCAGCAUCAGGUUUUCAGAGCCUGCAGUUCCGCCUAUUAGAGAAUAAGAUUGGUGUUCCGCAGAGUCUGAGAGUUCCUUAUAACAGAAGGCAUUACCGUGAUAACUUCAAGGGACAUGAGAAUGAACUGCUGCUUAAAUCAGAGCAGGAGCCAACACUUCUGCAAUUAGUGGAGGCAUGGCUGGAAAGAACACCAGGACUAGAACCAGAAGGAUUUAAUUUCUGGGGAAAAUUUGAAGUGAAUGUGUUAAAAGGUCUAGAAAAGGAACUGGCAAUAGUUCAGGCCAAACAAGAGUCAGAGGAAAAAGAGGACCUACUGGCUGAACUUCAAAAACAAAAAGAGAUACUUAUUUCAUUAUUUGAUGAAAAACGCCAUGAACAUCUUCUUAGUAAAGGAGAAAGACGACUCUCUUAUAACGCAUUGAAAGGAGCUUUAAUGAUCUACUUCUACAGAGAGGAGCCUCGCUUUCAGGUUCCCUUUCAGCUUCUUACUUCUCUCAUGGAUAUUGAUGUACUCAUGACCAAAUGGAGAUACAACCAUGUCUGCAUGGUGCACAGAAUGAUUGGCAGCAAAGCUGGCACAGGAGGAUCAUCAGGCUAUCAGUAUUUGCGCUCAACAGUGAGUGACAGGUACAAGGUGUUCGUAGAUUUGUUCAACCUCUCAACAUAUUUGGUGCCAAGACACUGGAUACCAAAGAUGAACCCAACUAUUCAUAAAUUCCUUUACACAGCAGAAUAUUGUGACAGCUCCUACUUUAGUAGUGAUGAUUCAGAUUAAAGAACCUGCCAUGGUGAUCCAUUUUAAAGAACUCUGAACGGUCAUACGAACCGGUUCUGACCUUUUGUGAGGUCCCUUAAAUUUAUUAAAUGUUACAAAGCAUGUAUAUAUAUUUAUGCAAGCCAGGGUGUAAGAAUUUAAAACAUGUGAUGAAAUUCUGGACACAUAAAUAGUAUGAUUUAGAGAUGAUACUAACUACUAAAU